AUGUUUUGUGCCACCCUCUUCAAUCUCAGGAAGAGUCGAGAACCUGGACGUCUUGAUGGCCACCUUGAACCCGGCUUGCGAUGGAUAAGCAACACGUUGGAUCAGCGCUUUUGCAUCAAAGGCUCAAACAAACGGCUUACGAUUGAUUUGAACCUGGCCGUGAACACGGCGUCGUGGCCGGUCGCCCUGGAGCAGCUAUCGUUUGGGGAUGGCUUCAACCACCCCAUUGCAGCGGUCGAGUGGCCGGCCUCCCUGCAGCAGCUACUGUUUGGGGAUGGCUUCAACCAGCCCAUUGCAGCGGUCGAGUGGCCCGCCUCCCUGCAGCAGCUAUCGUUUGGGUUAAAUUUCGACCAGCCCAUUACCGAAGUCGUGUGGCCGACCUCCCUGCAGCAGCUAUCGUUUGGGGAAUACUUCAACCAGCCCAUCGCCGGGAUCGAGUGGCCGGUCUCCCUGCUGCAGCUAUCAUUUGGGGAAGACGUCUACCAGCCCAUCGUCGACGUCAAGUGGCCGGUCUCCCUGCUGCAGCUAUCGUUUGGGGAUGUCUUCAGCCAGCCCAUUGUCGGGGUCCCCAUCGCCGACGUCAUGUGGCCGGUCUCUCUGCUGCAGCUAUCGUUUGGUUGUUUAUUCAACCAGCCAAUCGCCGACGUCGAGUGGCCGGUCUCCCUUCAGCAGCUGACGUUCGGGUAUCAAUUCAACCAGAGCAUCGCCAAAGUCGUGUGGCCGGUCGCCCUGGAGCAGCUUUCGUUUGGGGAUUGGUUCAACCAGCCCAUCGUCGACGUCGAGUGGCCGGUCUCCCUGCUGCAGCUAUCGUUUGGGCGUUGCUUCAACCAGCCCAUCGCCGACGUCGAGUGGCCGAUCUCCUUCCUGCAGCUAACGUUUGGACAUUUCAACCAGCCCAUUGUCGGAGUCGUGUGGCCGGCCUCCCUGCAGCAGCUGACGUUCGGGUAUCAAUUCAAACACCAGAGCAUCGCCGAACUCUUCGGGCCGAUCUCCCUGCAGCAGCUAUCGUUUGGGAAGAACUUCAACCAGCCCAUCGCCGAAGUCGCGGGGCUGGCCUCCUUGCAACAUCUAUCGGUGGACUUCAACCAGCCCAUCACCGAAGUCGUGUGGCCGGCCUCCCUGCAGCACCCGUCGUUUGGGAUUCCGUUCAACCAACCCAUCGUCGGAGUAAAGUGGCCGGUCUCCUUGCAGAAGCUAUCGUUUGGGGAUGGCUUCAACUAG